CACAAGUCUCCCGGUUUGGCUUGCUGGCUACGGAAGACAGCUGAUCACCACCAACAACGAGUGAUUUUUUUUUGUAAUCUCCACCUCAAUAAUAUCCCCGAAACAGUCAUUAAUCCAAAUUAUUCUCCUCUCGAUUCGGUACCUGCUGCACUUGGUCUUCCGUGGCUUCCACAGACUUUAAGUCGCGUUGCUUAAAAAAAAAAAAAUCGAGGAAAUAAAUAACGGACUAAAAAAAAAGAAAACGGAAAUAACGGGCACGGGCUGGGAGAGAUGCAUGGUUAUUACUAUUAUUUGAGGAGGGUGUCCAACACAGAGCUGUAGUUUCUCUUCAAGGGGCGAGGAAUGCAAUCUGAGCAUCAAUGUUUCACUGGGGCAAGUGGAAGAAGAGGAUGGGAGCCAACAGUUCUUCAAAAAGACCCGUUUUCGACGAAAAGGAGGAUGUGAACUUUGACCAUUUCCAGAUUUUGCGGGCCAUUGGGAAGGGGAGUUUUGGAAAGGUGUGCAUCGUGCAGAAGAGGGACACCGAGAAGAUGUACGCCAUGAAGUACAUGAACAAGCAGCAGUGCAUAGAGAGAGAUGAGGUCCGAAACGUCUUUAGAGAGCUUGAGAUCCUACAGGAAAUUGAACAUGUUUUUUUAGUAAAUCUCUGGUACUCGUUCCAGGACGAGGAGGACAUGUUCAUGGUGGUGGACCUCCUGCUGGGGGGGGACCUGCGCUACCACCUCCAGCAGAGCGUCCAGUUCAACGAGGACGCCGUCAAACUCUACCUCUGUGAGAUGACCUUGGCGCUGGACUACCUGCAGAGCCAGCACAUCAUCCACAGAGAUGUCAAGCCAGACAAUAUCCUGUUGGAUGAGCAAGGCCACGCCCACCUGACGGACUUCAACAUCGCCACGAUCAUAAAGGACGGAGAGAGAGCCACAGCCUUAGCUGGAACCAAGCCCUACAUGGCUCCAGAGAUCUUCCAGUCCUUCGUGAACGGAGGGACGGGCUACGCCUUCGAGGUGGACUGGUGGUCGCUCGGGGUGACGGUCUUCGAGGUGCUGCGCGGAUGGAGGCCCUACGACAUCCACGCCAGCAACUCGGUGGAGUCCCUGAUGCAGCUCUUCAGCACCGUCAGUGUCCAGUACAGCCCGGCCUGGCCCAAGGACCUGGUCUCCCUCAUGAGGAAGCUCCUGACGGUGAACCCGGAGCAUCGUUUCUCCAGCCUGUCUCACAUGCAGACAUCGCCCUACCUCGCUGACGUCAACUGGGACGCCGUGUACGAGAAAAAAAUGGAGGCCGGAUUUGUUCCUAAUAAAGGUCGUCUCCACUGCGACCCCACCUUUGAGCUGGAGGAGAUGAUUUUGGAGUCGCGUCCGCUUCACAAGAAGAAGAAGAGACUGGCCAAGAACAGAUCGCGAGACAACAGCAAGGAUUCACAGUCUGAGAACGACUACUUACAGGAGUGCCUUGAAGUGGUGCAGCAAGAGUUCAUGAUCUUCAACCGCGAGAAGUUGAAACGGCGUCAGGAGGAGGGUCAGUCUGAGGCCGGCGGGGACGACGCCAGCGGCGACGGCGACGGGGAGGCCGAGGGCGGGGCCACCGACGACGACGGAGCCGAACCGGAUCCCGAUCCCGAGCCGGAGCCGGAGCCGGAGUCCUCAUCCAAACUGAGCAUGUGCGGCUCCGUCUGCUCCUCCCCCGGCAGCUGCUAGCGCCACAGCGCCUCACGGUGACGACUGCAGUCUCUCCGGCCGCUGCAGUGUUUGUGCCAUGCCUAUAGAUACUCUCUCUCACCUCUCCUCUGUGUAGCCACGAGCAGAGGAGCGCACAGCAGGGCAACCGAUGCACAGUAGGACCCCAAAUGGCUCCCUCCAUUUCCCCCCGUCCCCUCUUUUUUUUUUGUUUUUUUUUUUGUUUUUUUUAGUUUUUAUUUUUGUUCUGUAGCAUCCUUCCGGUAAGGCAUGAAUGAAGCUGUGAGCCCUGCAGAUUUCCAGAGAGGCCCCGCCUACCUGUCCGCCCUAGAGUAAGCUCUAACUUCUAUGCAAUGUUACGGUAUAGCAUGAUAAUAAGGUAUCUCUCUCCAGGAGGUGUUGUUGACAAGCGGGAGGCUCCACGAGCAUGACGACACCCCCGAGCAAUAGCAGUCCACGGUUUGAGGGGUGUUUGUUUCCCCCUUAUCAGCCUCCCUGUUCAAACCCUGAUGGGGGAUCAUUGAAUUAUUCAGUAGACCCAGGCACUCAUGGCUUCUCUCUCUCUGUUUCCAGUGAUUUCCGCUCGUGUUGUAUGUGCUUUAACUCUAAACACUUGUUUCUGAUGCCUUUCUCCUAUUGCAGCAUCCUUACAGGAAACUUAAGUAUUCACGGUUUAUUUCAGUCUGCCAGGACAGGAGUAAUUGGUUUCAUUUUUUGGGGGAGGAUAAAUGCUACUUCCAGCUACAAAGAGGAGGAGCAGCCUUAUAAUAGAAGCUUCAAACACGAGCCAUCUGGGACAGAGAGGCUUUUGUGAGAGGCUAGUGAAUCGCCGUGUUGUCUCCAACACUGUAAACCCAUGUAAGCGGUGCUUGUUGAUAAUCAGUAGUCAUUAAUCACACCGUAGCCAUGAAUGCAUUAUAGAUCAGAAUGCUAGUUUGAUUUUUCUUCUUUAGGUCUUAGCCAAAUAUGAUUCAUGAAAUCCCCUCCCGGCUCUUUUAGGGUAUCGAGGUACUGUAAUUUUACGGGGGGAAUCUGCACAGCAAUCAGAACGAAUGGUUUCGCUCGUCAUUGUGUCCGAAACGGUCACCUAGAUGUAGUAUUUUAAAGGGGAGAUUCACCCAAAUUCAAUUCAAUAAAAGGUAUUUUCCCACUUAGGCUUUAGUGCAAUCCCGCCGUUGGAUAGUUUCUGUGCGAUUUGGCGUCGUUUCCAGUCUGUGUCCCAGCACCCUGAUACAGUGGAGCUGUUUUCCUUCAAACUGUUAAAAAUUUGCAAAUGAUAAACUCAACAGCAGCAGCUCUUUUCCAUAAACAACGACAGAUACCUGAGAACUGUAUUUAUCCACCUCGAGGAAGUGGGAAGAUAGCUGUUUUUGGUAAAUUUGGGUGAACUGUCCCUUUAACUGUGCACCAUGCUCCAACUCUCCAAGAAGCGCCGCUCCAGGGAAUCACACACACUACGUUUGCCAAUCACCAGUGAUCAGUUUCUGUAACAAUCUGUUAAAAAAAAAAAAAAAAAAAAAAAAAAACAACUCAGUGCGCCCCUCCUGACGUGAUGUUUUGUCCGCGGGUUCGAUCCCGGUCUCUCUCAGCGCUGGUUGGCUGUGCGGGUCCCGUCGCUGCGGAGGCCGGCGUGGGGCUUCACCCAAGUGUGUAGCUGUGCCCUGUCGGUACUUCAAACCGUAUAGAUGAGCUCGUCUUGCUGUUGUAGUGAUAGUGGUACAUUUAAGGUGGUGCCAUUAAAUCUCAGCCUGGACACCUGGGAACAUGUAGCAAAGUCCACCUUAAAACCCUAAGGCCUAAUAAAAAAAAAAAAAAAAAGAAAGAAAAAAGAAAAACCAUGUAAAUAGCAUAGGUAAUUUAAAAAAAAAAGAGAAAGACUAACUCACCACAGUUUUAUGUGGGACUGCGUACGAAACAAACGUGUAAAGUGAAGGAAGAGCCGUAUGAAGCCAAACCUUCAUACCGCUUCGUUCUAGUCUUCUUUUCCAAGUGUGCAGGCACAACUUGUGGGCAAAAUAUGCCAAAGCUUUUCUACCAUUUGCAUAACCAUUUCUAAGGAACUUUGAGUGUGUGAAUGUAUGUCUCUUUUCCCAGUGCAACAUAAAUCCAAUGUUCCUCCUGCAAGUGAAAUACUAUCAUUUAUACAACCAUAUUGUGAUUAUGUAUAAAGAUAUGUUUCGGGUAAGGGGAGGGGGGGGGGGUGUACUUUAAAUAUUAUAUAAUUAGAUUAAGGAGCUUCUUAUAAAGGAUUUAAAGUGGAAACAGCCAAGUUUACCAAAAUAUGUUAUGAAAAGAUAAGUGCAUUAACAUUACUGAUAGUCUCAAACCCUGCGCUUUUUUUAAAAACUUUAAUUUAAUUUAAUUUUUUUUUUUUUUUUUGCAUGUACCUUUACAGUAUAAGCCUGUUUUAGAGCUUUGGGCCUGACCGGCUGAUUUGUGCAUGCACAAGCUUUCUGGUAACGGCAUAUUUUUUUUAUGCUCACCCGAUAAUUGCCACAGGCCUUGUCCGAACGGGAGCGCGAGCCUGGCCCAGCGUCACUUGUGUUUGGUCAGUUGAGUUUCGUGAAGAACAUCCAGCAGCUGUACAAACCAUAUAAUCCCAGUGUUAAAUGGAUGGCAUGAUAUUUUUUAGGUGAUGCGCAGUACCUUUUUGGCAUCCCGUAGGUUGUCUUAACGCUCUGUUCAAGCACACAGGCUUAUGCCCUCGCUGGGUGGCUGGAAUGAAGUCGAGCGGUCGUGUCUGUUGCUCCGUUGCGGCUACGUGUUGCGUUGUUGUCCGUGCAGCAAAAGGAACAAGAAGAGGAACCGGGGCAUGUUGCAGUUUCACCCCAGCACUGCAUUUACUGCAUCAUUAAAUAAAUAAAUAAAAAAAUAAUAAUAAUGAUAAUAAUUGCAUUGAAUGUCUCAAUUUGUAGAGAAAAACCUGAAUUAUUUCUAAGGCACUCCUUAAUAAAUCUGUCUACACACCAUUGGAAUAAGCGUAGGCCUGAAACGGCUUUGUAAUUAUAUGUUAAUCAUUUGUAAAUGGAUAAUAACUGAUUUUGAUGGAUAAUUUAAGUGUAGCUUCUCUCUAAGUUACAACACCGCAGUAUUGUCAUUCGUUCCUUGAUAUCAGUGAUUAUUCCUAAUUGGACAUUGCUUGCAAACCCUCCCAACAUGUUUCCCAUGUGUUAGUGUGUUGGAUGCUGUUAUUGUGAGCAUAUUAACCCAGGUGUUUCAAAAGGCAUUGUGCUAGUGUUUGACCAGCAGCAGCAUGUCUCCCAUCCAACGGUCUCAGAUCGAUGCUGUCGAGGCGCAACCUAGGUGUCUGUUAUCUUUGUGGAUACGUAUUGAAAUCAGUGCCCUGUCGAGAAAACGGAAAUCAAGAGAAAAUGAAAAUAAAAAAGGGGGGUUUAAGCCACUCUUCCUCUUUGCAUAAUGUUCUGUACUGCAGGAUUUUUACAGGGAAUCGGUGGAAAGCCUUGUACUGUACCUACCGAAAACCGCUCCAUGUGUUUAAAAACAGGCUGCUUUAACUGCUUUGAUAAAGAAAUAAAACUCCUUCCAGUCUUCUGAC